CAUAUGGCUAAAAACAUAUGGGUGGUUUGUAUCACCAAGUGGUUUGUGGGCUGUCCAUUGGAGCAAUGGUGAACCCUCCCCUUUUCUCUCCAAGUUUACGCAUUUGAUACCUGCAGAAGACAUGAACCACAUCCCAACCUUUUUUCUCUUUUGUUCUUUUUGAAUCUUAAGGAUUCAGCAAGGAGGACUAAGCCUUUUCUCUUCGUUCCUUUCCUCUAAUUCCCUUUUCCUAUUCUAUGACUUUCUUUGAGACCUGACCUCAGUUUAUUCUGCACCCUCUCCCUUCCUCUUUUAGUGAUGAAUUAUUUCCUGAUGCUCAGCAACAGUCAUGGAGAUGGCAUUUUGUCUCGGUACCAGACUUUGCGUCUGGAGGGUCGAAUGUGCGAUGUUGUUUUGGAAGCAGAGGGUGUGGAGUUCCUUGCUCAUCGCACUUUGCUAGCCUGUUCUAGCGACUACUUUUGGUCCUUGUUCCAGGACUACACACUGGAGUCUAGAGCCCACUCUAUUAGCUUGCCAGCAUUGUCUUCAAAGGGCCUGGAGCAGAUCCUGGACUUCAUCUAUACGUCAUGGAUCGCAUUGUCACCUUCCACUUUGGAGGUCACACUUCAGGCUGCCUGCUAUCUGCAAGUCACACCUGCUGUGGAUCUCUGCACUGAGUACAUCUCUGAAAGCAUUGCCCUUGACAACUGCUGCUUUUUUGCUAACGUAGCAGCUUGCUAUAGCCUUUCUGAGGCAUUCACUGUCAGCAAUUCUUUCAUUGCCAGAAACAUGGGCAGAAUACUUGCAGUUGAGCAAUACAAAGCUGAGCUAUUGGAGUUAAACUUUGAUUCUCUGCAAGAGGUGCUUGCAGCCAAGGAAAUGCAAGGAGUAAAAGAGAUGGCUCUUCUACAGCUCGCUUUGGAUUGGCUGGAGUACAACCCUCAGUCUGCCCUGCAAAGCAAUGCAUUACUUUGUCGUAUCCGAUUUGGUUUGGUUCCCCCUUAUGAGCUGUCUCGACUUAGUGCAAUCAAACCGGCCCUACGCACACCCUUCAUCCACAGCGUAGUGCAGAAAGCCCUUAACUACCAUCUUCAGGGUCCCCUCCAACCUCUACUUCAAAGUGUCCACACCAGCCUAAGGACCACAAACAGCAAAAUCCUGCUGGUGGGGGGAGGACCAGAGGCAGACCGACCCGAGAAUCAGAUCUUGGCCUACGAACCAUGCACAAGGAAGUUCCACCCACUUUCCACUACAUUACUAAAUAAGCUCCAGCACCAAGGAGUAUGUGUGGUGGGCAACUUCCUGUUUGUGCUGGGUGGUGAGGUGGUGGAGGUGGAUAAGGAUAAUGAGAAGUCAGCUGUGAUGACAGUCACUGACCAAGUGUGGCGCUAUGACCCACGGUUUGAUGAAUGGGAGGAGAUGGAACCGCUCUUGCAGAAGAGGGCGCACUUUGCCUGCUGUGUGGUUGAAGGUGUUAUAUUUGCCAUAGGUGGUCGGGGCCAGAGGGGUGAGCCUGCUUUAUCAUCUGUUGAGAGAUACACUAUGAAUGCAGGGUGCUGGCGCAGUAGUGUGUCCCUUCCACAUCCAGUCUACGGGCAAGCCUGUGCCACUAUAGGAACAGGAAUUUACAUCUCAGGAGGCAACAAUGGCAACAGCCCAGAGAGCAGUAAAGAGGUGCUGUUUCUGCAUGCCUUUGAGGGUGAUGCCUGGCAGAGACGCACAAGCAUGUCCAUUGCCAGAUUUGGCCACAAGAUGGCGACUGUGAGGGGCAGAAUUUAUGCCUUUUUGGGCAUGUAUGAGCCAUUCUGUGACAUUGAAUGCUACAAUCCCGUGCAAGACCUGUGGACCCGUCUGAGGCCCCUACUGAAUGAUCGCUUCUGUUAUGGUUUGAUGGCAACAGGAGGAAAACGUGUGCUUGUGUUCGGAGGCAGGAAAUGGCAAGAAGGACAAGAAGUGUGCACCACUAAUGUGCUGGAGUAUGACACUGAAUGUGACACCUGGAGGGAAGUGUGUAAACUACCUGUGCCCUUGUGUGAAACUCAGUGUGCCAUUAUGAAUAUUCAAGACCAUACAGAGACAUAAAAGCCCUAUA